CAAUCCAUCUUCUACUCUUAUACCCCUUAGUUACGGGAGAGUGAGAGACGCACGAAAGAACCGGAAGGCAGGGACGACGGGAGUACGGAGCUGACGGAACUCAGAUACGCCGCCGCGGCCAGACGCACCGCCGGACGCCGACCCUCAAGCUCCAGCCUCCAGGUUGAAUCUUUUAAUGCUAAUUGUUGGAAGAUAGUUUAAGGUGAUAGAAUGAAGAAGGAACCAGAAAUAAGGAUUGCAAAGUCAAGCAAAAUUAAAUUAGACAAUGGAGACAGUGAUGAUCAAGAUCGAGAAUUAUCCUCAGAAUAUGAAGAACUAGAAAAAGAGAUUGAGAGAGAGCUUGCAGAAGUUACAUUUGAGGAACUACAGAAGGCCCGCUCAGAUGGAUCAGAGGUCCUGUAUAUGAGACCCCCAACGGAGGAAAAGAGUGGCCGGCGUAACAAAAACAGGCCAAUGGAGAUGAGUAGCAAGAAGCCAGUUGGUCGGUUUAGAGAAGUUGUUCAAGUGUCUAAAAAGGUUGUUCGUGACCCUCGCUUUGAAACAUUGUGUGGAAAUCUUGAUGAGGAAGGAUUUAAGAAGAGAUACAAGUUUCUUUAUGAAAAUGAUCUUCCAGCUGAAAGAGAGGAUCUAAAGAAGCAGAUGACGAAAACCAAUGACCCAAAGGUCAUUGAUGAACUAAGUAGUCGUAUAGCUUGGAUUAAUAAGCAAUUGAAAUCUGCUUCAACAAGAAAUACAGAAAAAGAGAUUCUGUCUGAACACAAGAAAAAACAGAGAGAGGCGGCAAAACAAGGGAAGCAACCAUUUUAUCUUAAAAAAUCGGAAAUACGAAAGCUCAAAGUUAAAGAGAAAUACAAGGAACUCAAGGAAUCCGGGAAGCUUGAGUCUUUUAUCGAGAAGAAGAGACGAAAAAAUUCUGCAAAGGACCACAGGUACAUGCCAUACCGGCGUUCUGAAGAAUAAGGGUAACGGUGAAAUGGUGAGUCUGUUUAACCUCAGUAGCCAUUUUCGGAGGGUUGGUUUGAGUCGAAAUGUCGAAUUCUUACCUUGGAUCCUUGGUUACUACUACCUUUUGUUGAGGGCUAUUUAUGAUCUUAGAAAAUCUGUGACAGUUUGUAGGGACUUGUAUACCUUUUUCAAGUGUUUUUCUAUUUUUUUUAUUUUACUAAAUGGUACUCCUUCCAUCCCACCUCCAAUGAGACUUGCAGAGUUAAAGGGUGUUGAACUUUUAUUAUGGGAAGUUUUCCUUUAUAGCGCGUCUAAAUUUAAUUGUUCACUUACCGGUUUUAGGAAAUGAAUUAAUGAAAUUAUC